CCCCCACACUCCGCCCCCCCGGCCUAUCUCUCUGUCUCUUUCCUUUUCUCUGGUGGCCCGGCUCUGCGUCAGUUUCCGAAAGGUGGGGACAUUUCCUGACGCCUUUGCAACACUGGGAGGCUGUCUUAAGGGAGGCUGGACCCACUCCGAGCUGGAGGCCGGGAACGCUAAGGCCGGGGCUGCUGUGCCGGGGACGGGCCGCUCACCCUCCGCCUGCCUCUGGCCAGCGCACACGGCCCACUGGUGUCCGCCCGACCAUGUCUCUGGCUGAGGCCAUCAGCCUCUGGAACGAUGGGGUGCUGGCAGCCGACAAGAAGGACUGGAAGGGAGCCCUGGACGCCUUCUCUGCCAUCCAGGACCCCCACUCCAGGAUUUGUUUCAACAUGGGCUGCAUCUACACCAUCCAAGAAAACCUGGCCGCGGCCGAGAAGGCCUUCUCCCGAAGCAUCAACCGAGACAAGCACCUGGCCGUGGCCUACUUCCAGCGCGGGAUGCUCUACCACCAGAUGGAGAAGUACGAUCUGGCGCUCAAGGACCUUAAAGAGGCCUUGACUCAGCUUCGAGGGAACCAGCUGAUAGACUACAAGAUCCUGGGGCUGCAGUUCAAGCUGUUUUCCUGCGAGGUCUUGUACAACAUUGCUCUCAUGCACGCCAAGAAGGAGGAAUGGAAAAAGGCUGAGGAGCAGUUGGCAUUGGCUAUGAGCAUGAAGUCCGAGCCCAGGCAUUCCAAAAUCGACAAAGCCAUGGAGUGCGUUUGGAAGCAGAAGCUGUACGAGCCGGUGGUGAUCCCCGUGGGCAGGCUCUUCCGACCCAACGAGAGGCAAGUGGCCCAGCUGGUCAAGAAGGAUUACCUAGGCAAGGCUACGGUGGUGGCAUCCGUGGUGGAUCACGACAGCUUCUCCGGGUUUGCACCUCUGCAGCCACAGGCAGCCGAGCCUCCGCCCAGACCCAAAACGCCAGAGAUCUUCAGGGCUCUGGAAGGGGAGGCUCACCGCGUGCUGUUCGGGUUUGUGCCCGAGACGCCAGAGGAGCUCCAGGUCAUGCCUGGGAACAUCGUCUUUGUCUUGAAGAAGGGCAAUGAUAACUGGGCCACGGUCAUGUUCAACGGGCAGAAGGGGCUCGUGCCCUGCAACUACCUGGAGCCAGUGGAGCUGCGGAUCCACCCUCAGCAGCAGCCCCAGGAGGACGCUUCCCCGGAGUCCGACAUCCCGGCUCCGCCCAAAGCCAGCGCUCCCAGAAGACCCCUGCAGCCACCAGGCCAGAAAGACGAAGAGCCCAAGGAAAUAAAGCUCAGCGUCCCCAUGGCCUACACACUCAAGGUGCACUACAAGUACACGGUCGUCAUGGAGACGCAGCCCGGCCUCCCCUACAGCCAGAUCCGGGACAUGGUGUCCAAGAAACUGCAGCUCUUGCCGGAACACACUAAGCUGAGCUACCGGCCCAAGGACAGCAACGAGCUGGUGCCCCUCUCGGAGGACAGCAUGGAGGCCGCCUGGGCCCAAGUGAAAAACUACUGCCUGACCCUGUGGUGUGAGAACACAGUGGGUGACCAGGGCGUUCCCGAGGAACCCGAGGGGAGCAGGACAUCGGAGGCGGGUCACCAGGCACCAGAACCUCAGCUCAAGGAGGGGAGCCAGGUGGUGGCCCUCUUCAGUUACGAGGCCACCCAACCGGAAGACCUGGCGUUUCUGGAAGGGGACGUGAUCCAGGUCGUAUCCAUGGUGAACAACGACUGGCUGGAAGGGGAGUGCAAAGGGAAGAUCGGCAUCUUCCCCAGGGCUUUCGUGGAGGACCGGGCCGCCACUGACCCGGACAGCACGCCCAGAGGGGUCUAGCAUGUCCUGCAACCCACGGAGUGGAAGGAAGGAAAGUGCCGUCUCCCUUGCAAGACUGAGGACGCCUCCGCGGCACACUGUGCCGAGACCGUCCAGCGGUGGAAGUGUCCGCUUUUUCCUGUUCAAGUUGGACCCAUCACAGGAGGAUGAACACCUCGGGGUGGGGUGGGGAGCGGUCGGACGUGUCCCCGAGGGCAUAAGGGGUCCUUCCAGGGUGCUGGUUUCUCACCUUCAUUGCUGGCUACCCAGGUGUGUUCACUUUGUGGGAAACUCAGUGAGCUGUGCAGCGAUUACUGGCGCACUUCUCUGUACGUGUGAUAAAAAUAAAAAACCAAGACGGCCGGAGUGCCGGCCCGAG